AUGUUCUUGAUGGAUCGAAUAGUGUGGGACCCGAAUCAAUCUGUUACAAAGCCGAAAUUACUUCUUGAUCUUCAAGAUGAACAGAUGCUUGUUGAAAUAUUGGAUAACAAACAUGGAGAUGAUCUUCAGCCUCAUGCUGGAGCCAUGAUCACAACUCGGUCUGCUGAGAAAUCUUCCCAACAGUUGAAAUCACAUUCCAAGAAAUGCACAUCACAUGGUGUUAAAUUCUUGUAUUACAUACCUGCUCUCAAGCUACUGAAAAUGAAAGCUAAACUUAGCAAGCCAAAAGUUUUAUGGUAUCCUCAUGAAAAUUUGGUGGCACUUAAAGAACAAGGAAAGCUGCUUACAAAAGGGUCAAUGAAAAUUGUAUUGAGGGGUUCAUUUGCAGGGGAUCUUGAGAACCUUCUAGAUGCUGAAGAAUGUGAUGAAGAUGAAGAGGAUAAUAAUAAUUAUGAUUCUAAUAACUUCGUGGCUGGUGUUAAAGGCCUUAAAAUGAGACGCAUGCCUUCACAAGCUCAAGCUGAUGUGGAAAAUGAAGAUGAAGCUGCUGAGUUAUGCAGAAUGCUCAUGGAUGGUAUUAGCUAA